AUGAGCGCGGCGGAGGAGGACGCGGUUGCCGCUGCGGCGGAUGGGGGAUCCGGUGGCGGGAGCAGCGGCGCGGGGUCGUCGGAAGGGGGCGCGCGGCGCCGGUUCGACGACAAGGGCCUCGUCGUCCGCACCUCGCUCAUCCUGUGGCACACGCACCAGAACGACGUCGGCGCCGUGCGGAAGCUGCUGGAGGAGGACGCCGCGCUCGUCAACGCCCGGGACUACGACAGCCGCACGCCGCUCCACGUCGCCGCGCUCCACGGAUGGCACGACGUCGCCGAGUGCCUCAUCGCCAACGGCGCCGACGUCAACGCCCAGGACCGCUGGCAGAACACGCCACUAGCUGAUGCGGAGGGCGCAAAGAGGCAGUCCAUGAUUGAGCUGCUCAAGGAGCACGGCGGAUUGACAUAUGGGAAAACUGGAAGCCAUUUUGAACCAAAGACGAUUCCACCACCUCUAACAAAUAAGGCUGACUGGGAGAUUAACCCACUUGAAUUGGACUUUACAAAAGCACAAGUUAUCGGAAAGGGCUCUUUCGGUGAAAUUCUGAAAGCAAAUUGGCGAGGAACACCUAUUGCUGUCAAGCGCAUUCUUCCAUCCUUAUCUGAUGACAGGCUGGUGAUCCAAGAUUUUAAGCACGAAGUGAACUUGCUAAUAAAGCUGAGACAUCCAAAUAUUGUCCAGUUCCUUGGAGCAGUUACAGAAACCAAGCCUCUAAUGCUAAUUACUGAGUUUCUACGAGGAGGUGAUCUUCAUCAAUAUCUGAAGGACAAAGGUGCACUCAACCCACUUACCGCUGUUAGUUUUGCACUGGAUAUUGCAAGAGGAAUGGCAUAUCUUCAUAAUGAGCCUAAUGUUGUGAUUCACCGAGAUUUAAAACCAAGAAAUAUUCUUCUGGUGAAUUCUGCUGCCAACCACUUGAAGGUUGGAGACUUCGGCCUUAGCAAGAUCAUCAAAGCGCAGCACGCGAAUGAUGUAUACAAGAUGACUGGAGAGACAGGAAGCUAUCGGUACAUGGCCCCUGAAGUUUUCAAGCACCGGAAAUAUGACAAGAAAGUUGAUAUCUUCUCUUUUGCCAUGAUUCUAUAUGAGAUGAUGGAAGGUGAUCCACCCUUCUCCAGCUACGAACCUUAUGAGGCUGCUAAGUACGUGGCAGAUGGGCAUCGCCCAGUUUUCCGUAAAAGUCAUACCAAUGAGUUGAAGGAUUUGGUUGAGCUAUGUUGGUCUGGGGAUAUCAAUCUGAGACCAUCUUUCUUGGAGAUCCUCAAGAGGCUUGAGAAGCUCAAGGAGCAUUAUUCGCACGAGAACCACUGGCAUUUGUUCCAGUAG